AUGGGACGCAUGUAUCGGGCUUUGGCCCUCGUCAUGCUCGAACACCUUGAUGUAGAUGCUUCAAGCUUACCGCCUUUGUUUGCAGCUCAGGUUGGCACAGGUAAGCAGCCUCGCAAGCCUCUGCUUGCGCCAGUGCCAGAGUUCAAAUACUUUGUUCGUGUGACCUUGAGUGCAGUGCCCAUCUUGGAUAACAAGCGCCGGCUUCUUCAGCCCUUGCGUGUGCAUGAUGUGGUUGUGCCUGCUGGAGCCAAGCUGCUCCCCCCCCUUUACUUCACUGCUGCUGAGUCUGUGAAGGGGGUGUGUCUGCCAGUCAGCGGUGACAAAUCUUCCGAGACACUGUUUGCCGCUGGUAGCAGGGCUGCUGCGAUGACUGUGACCAGUGAAGCUGAAGUGCUAGCGGCGGACUUGUGCGACAUUCCUACGCAAGCACAGCUGCUGCAGGUUUUCGACACGUUACCAGCAGAAACUCCAGCAAGGGGUGUCAAGGAUGCGCGGGAGAAGGCCUGGUCUGCCGGUGCCUACUCCCAGGGUACUUUGUGUGGCUUACGAAGGAACACCAAGCUUUUUCCGAAUGCCGUUCGGUUGGCUGUGAGGCUCCUGCGUUCCCGCUUUCCUCAUGCCAUGUUCGCCACGGUGGCAAUAUACUCCAAUGUGUGCACUCCGAUGCAUCGGGGUGCCAAUAACUUGGAUGGGAGUUCCAACUACGUGAUGGCCUUGACAGACUUUGCUAAAGGGGGCAUUUGGGUACAGGAUGAUGAGGGUCAGCAUGUAAGGGCCACGCCCCUUGGAAAGGCUACUGGUCGUGUCCUGCAAGUGUGCGACAACCCUGUGGAGUUCGAUGCACAUUGCUUUCACUGCACUUUGCCUUGGGAGGGCUCUAGAGUCGUGUUGAUCGGAUUCACACCGAAUCGGGUCGGGUCUCUAAAGAAGGAUGAUGUGCGAGUCUUACGGGACUUAGGCUUUCCUUUGCCUGGCCACCCUAUGCCGGUCUCUUGUGCAACAACGACGUGCCCCCCGGAUCACCAGGCUGAGAGUGGGGAAACUGAUCCUGUGGCCAUGCCUGUGCAGCCGACUUUGGUCACCUGUUCGUCGGCAACGUGCCCUCCUGACCAGCCGUGCAAGAGUGGGGAAACUGAGCCUGUAGCCGGGCCUGUGCAGCAGACUCAUCAUGCAACCUUUGGGGUUCCCUUUGAUGAGAGUGAGUUCGUGCGCGCUGCUGUACGAGCAGGGCAUCCCAGCUCUUCACUUUCCUCACUGCCGGACCACCUUGAGUCGUGCGUAGAUAUGCUUGCUAAGGCUCCGCCACAUGCUGUGGUAGACAAGAGGAGGAGAUGGCUUGACAAGUGGACCACACGGGCGUGUGAAAUUGAACGUGACCCAGAUCCUUCGUGGGACAUCGAUGACCCGCACAUGAAACGUGUCCUUUGCAAAAAGCGUCUGCAGCUGCUUGACGAAAUCAUUGCCGCCGAGGGCUAUGAUGAUGUAAACCUUGCUAGGGAUAUCUGGUCGGGCUUCGACUUAGUGGGUACUUCGCCUGUAUCCAAUGUUCUGCCGGGAAAGGUUACUCCGGCCUCAUUGCACCCAGAUGACCUGUGUGCUGCAGCCCCUCGGGCCAAUGAGGCGCUCAAGGUCUCCUUGGGUUCCUCCGGUGAUAGGGAAAAGGACAUCUUGUUGUGGGAAAAGACGAUGAAAGAGGUUGACUCAGCCCAUCGACGACUACAGCAGGAGCGGUGUAAACUGAGCCUCUCGGCCCGAGACUGUUUUUGCUGCGAGUGGUGGGCUGGGGCGGGGUAG